CGGCACUCGAGACCACGCGCGAUGGGCUGCGGCGCGUCCACCGGGGCGACCCCCCGCGAGCUGUCGGACGCGCACCCUAAAGAAGCGAAGGAUCGCGCGCCCGCUCAGAAUCACUCGCCCGCUCGCGCGGUCGGCGCCCGCGGGAGCCCGUGGGUGCUCAAGACGUCGCCCGGACACUCCGGUGCCGUGUGGUUCCAGGGCGGUGACAAAUGUGAGGAGGUCGAGCGCCGAGGCGGACCCGGGACGAUACGGAACGCCAUAGCGGACUUCAAAGCGCACCCUGACAAGUACGUGGCGAUGAGGUACUUUCCGGACAUGCACGACGAGGACUGGGAAGAGCAGGACUGCACCCUGUUUUACCGCCCGACCAAACAAUCGUCGUCGCUCGCGUGUGAUAAGAGGAGCGGAGGCUGGACGGUUCUGGAGUGGACGUGCCACCCGCUGAGGCCGGACGUCGAGGUCAAAGACGACGGACACGAAAAGCGAUGGCUUGAAACUUUCAAAGAGACUCUAUACUCUACAAGCAAGACGUACAAGACGCGAGGCGUUUCCCCCGGGCGCGGCCAGGGCCUCGCGGACGUCCCGUCCCUCUGCCUGUGGAACACGAUCAGCCCGAACGAUCUCAACCAGGGAUCCGUCGCGAACUGCUACAUGAUCGCCAUGUUCGCCGCGCUCGCGGAGUGGCCCGGUGCUAUUAAGAAGCUGUUUCGAAAGACGAAAGGCGCGGACGAGAUGCCGCGCUCGAACACUGCGAACGAGUACACGAUAACGCUUUACGAUCUCGAGAAUAACAACAUGGAGGUCGACGUCGUCGUGAACGAACUCCUCACGGUGAUCGUGGACAAGGGCGGAAUUAAUGGCCAAAAUCUCGGGGUGAGUAUAUCCGACUGCUGCGAGUUGUGGCCGUGUUACCUCGAGAAAGCGCUCGUGGCGCACUGCGGCGGGUGGAACGACAUCGGGAACGGCGGGUGUUCCAGCCAUGUAUUCGAGAUUGUCACCGGAUGCCCCAACGUGUAUUCCUUGGACCUCAAAACCUUCACUUGCUGUGGGAACAUCGCCGGGGCAAAGCGCAGCAACAGCGUGCGAUGGUAUAAAGAGUCCGCGCUGGCUCAAUCCAUUUAUUAUAAUCCACCGUGGCCAAGCGCGAACGGCAAACCCGUGGUGCAGCCGAAAACCCAGGACGGUUGCAUCGACGCGCUGUACGCGUACGAUAAGGCAAACUACCCGAUGAUUUUCUCCUCGGGCGUAGACAAGAACAGCGCCGCAACCGAAAAGAAAGGCUAUGUUGACAACCACGCGUACACGCUCAUAAGGGUCGAGAAGAACGUCGCAGGGAGCGGUAUAGACAUGUUGCUCGUUCGGAAUCCCUAUGGACGCGGGGAGCUCACGAGAGGAAGGUUUGUCGACGACGGACCAGGGUGGAAGGAGCACCCGAAGAUACAAAAGGCUUUGCGCCCCGUGUUCGAGGACGACGGCGUGUUUUGGCUCGAGAAGAGCGAGUUCUUCGAAUACGUCGACAGCAUCGAAGUGCUCGCGCUGGACAUGACGACGUUCGUGAAGAGCUCGUACAAGCCGCCGCCGCUGGACUAUUGCCCACAGGAUCAUUACCCAUAG